AUGAAGAGUAUUCAGGAAUAUACAAUCCUGUGGAACGCUACUGAAAGUGGAACCUUCAUCAUUCAAGUGAUGAGACAAAGGGAGCGAAACAAUCGUGCACUCCCUACUCUGAUGAUGAUGAUGAUGAUGGGUUUGACUGGAAGGUCAAAAAAUACUUUCAAAGUUAUCUUAAGCUGCGUAAAUGAGUGA